AUGUCAUUCUUUAAAUCGUUAAAGGAUACCAUCCAAGCUAAUACUAAUAAGAUUAGUGCUAGUAUUAAUCAUAAUAACAAUAACAAUAGCAAUAGUAAUAAUAAUAAUAAUAAUAAUAGUGGUAAUAGUCCAACAUCACCAACACAUAGUAGAAAUAAUAGUAAUAGUAUUAUUAAUACAUCAGCAGGAGGAUCAUCAGUUUAUGAUUAUAGUUUAUACAAUACACCAAGUCAAUACCAAACUUCAACUUAUUUAAAAUCAUCUCAUACCGCUGCUAUAACAAAAGACGAUAUAACAAGUAGUAGCGUACUACAACAAAGAAGGGAAAUAUCAGAUUCAUCGUCAUCAUCAUCAUCAAAUGAUACAAAGAUUGUUAUUAAAACAAAUAAUGAUCAUCAAGAUUAUGUAAUUGAAAUAUGGGGAAAUAAUAAUAAUAAUAAUAAGAAUCAAGGAAAAUAUGAAUUGAUAGAAUUCUCUAAAUUAUAUUCUAAACAGAGGAUUAUGUCAUUGUCGGCGGGAGCAAUACAUACUGCUAUUAUCACAGACACUGGAUUAUUUGGAGAAAUUGUUUCUAUUAUUGUUGGUAAAAAAAAUCAAUCAAUCAAAGAAGAAGAAGAAAAGGAAAAAGAAAAAGAAAAAGAGGAGAAAGAAAAAGUAGAGGAGGAGGAAGAGGAACAAAAAGAAGAAGAAGAAGAAGAAGAAAAGAAAUUAGAACAAAAUAGUUUAUUACUUAGAGUUAGUAAUAAUGAUAUAAAAAGAACAUCGUCGCCAACACCAUCAUUUGAGUCCUUGGCAAGUGAAAAGAAUUUGGUUGGUAAAGAUUUAUUAAUAUCGACGCAAACCAAUCUUAUCAAAUGGUUGGAAAAAAUCAAUCAAUCAAAUCACAUCCUACAAUGUAUCAUUGAAAGUAAAAUUAGACAACAACCUCCACCAACUGAAGAUUUAACAAAAGAAUUAAGAGAUUGCACGCAAACCAUUAAAUCUUUGGUGGUUGAAAUUGUCAAUCAUAGUAAUCAACAUUCACCAUUUAAUUCUUCAAAUUCAUUAAAUCAAAAUCAAAAUCCAUCCACAACUACAAAUAUUAAUAUUCAAGAAAAACAAAUAGAAUUGGAAACCAUUGUUGAAAAGAGAAAUUCAAUAUUAAAACAAUUAAAACAACAAUUGGAAUUAUCAUUAAAUUAUUGGGAUGAAAUCAUUAAACAAAAAUCAACACUUGAAAUGAAUUUAAAAAAAUAUGUUGUUAGAAACAAUAACAAUAACAACAACAACCUAAAUCAAGAACAAACCAAUACAACAACAACAACCAUUUCAACCAUUUCAACAUCAGAAAUACAAAAACAAUGUUUAUUGUUUAAAGAAAGAUUGGACAAUUCAAUUGGAUUGUUUUGUUCAAAUAUAACCAACUCAAUUCAACAAGACAACCAUUCUGAAAAGGUUCGUUUAUCAAUGGAGGAAAUUCAACUCAUCAUGGUGGAAUCUAUAAAAUAUGGAGAGAUCUAUUUGGACAAAUUGGAAUUCAGUCUGACACAAGUACAAGAGUUGCAGAAUAGCGACUCUUGUCAACUGAAUGAUGUAAAUAUGCAAAUCGAAAAGAUUUCAAUGGCCAUUGAAAUCUUUGGGGAAAGGGAAAAGAUAAAGAGCGAGUAUCGAGGUUGUAAAAGAUCAAGUAUCGAAACAAGCAAGAAAAUAGAGGUAUUGGAAUUAGAGGAAGACAUUAUUGAAGAAACCUCUUUACAAUCACUCAAAGAACAAAUGACUACACUUAAAAAAGAAGAACAACGAUUACUCUCUAGACAAAAGGAUUUAAAUGAUACUCUUUUACAACUCAUUGAAAAAUAUUCACCAGAAUUAAGAUUUAAAUUAAAUCAACAAGAUAAAAUUAGUAACAAGAUAAAAGAUACAGGAUUAUUGACUGAAAGAAAAUUUAAUCAUUAUGAUAUUAUUAAAACUUUAUCAAGUCACCCACAUAAUGUUUAUUUGGCAUCAUUUGAUGAUCAAUUGGUAGUUUUAAAAGAAUUUGGUAUUGGUGAUCAAUUUGGUAAACAAAUGUUUGAAAGACAGGUAUCAUUGAUGAAAAUGAUGAAUCAUAAAUGUAUCAUGCCAGUUCAAGCUGUAUUUUAUGAUAGAAAUGCUUAUUUACAAAUGGAAUAUAUUAAAGGUGGAACUUUGGUUGAUUGGUUAAAGAAAUCUCAACCAAAUAAUAAUAAUAAUAAUAAUAACAAUAAUAAUAAUGGUAGAUCUCUAACUCCACCAAUUAAUGAACAAAGUCAAGUAAUAGUAAAUAGACAACCCUGGGAAAUUCAAAAGGUUUUCCAACAAAUCAUUCAAGCAGUUUCUUAUAUGCAUAGUAAUGGUAUUGUUCAUAGAGAUUUAAAAUUAGAGAAUGUAUUAAUGAAUGAAAAUGAUACACCAGUAAUAUCAGAUUUUGAUUUGAGUAAAGAUAUUUCAAUUUCAAAUAGUAAUGCAACCAUGUUUUCAGGAGGAACCGAAAUGUAUAGAGCACCAGAAAUGAGGGAACAAGGAUCAACAGGUUCAUACUCUACCGAUAUAUGGGCAUUUGGUGUCAUGUUGUAUAAAUCAUUUUUCCCAAAAUCAAAAGACCCUUAUUUAAUGCCUGGUGAAUUAACAGUUUCAAUUCCAUCUCAUUCUGAUCAAAAUUUAAUUAAUUUAUUAUCAAUAAUAUUACAAAAAAAUUAUAAUUCAAGACCAACAGCAGAUCAAAUUACAGUUCAUCCCUAUUUUAUUACUUCACAAGUUGAGAGUUUAAUACAAUCGAAAUCAUUGAUUGACAGUAGAGAAAAAAUAGCUGCAUUUAGAGCACAUGUAUCAUCAUUGACAACCAUGUUGGAAGAAAACAAUGAACCCAUCUUGGUAACGAUUCGAAGAGAACACCUCAUCCAAGAUGUAUUUAAUUUCUUUAGCAAAUUAAAUUCUUCAAAGUUGUUUUCAAAGUUGGAAAUUGAAUUCCAUGGUGAAAAGGGAAUAGAUCAUGGCGGAUUACAAAGUGAAAUGUAUAGUAUUUUUUUCAAUGAUAGUUUAAUUUUAAAUCAAAUUAAAUCUUUUGAAAAUCAAGAAGAAAAUCAAGAUCAAUCAUCUUCAUCCUCUUCUUCAUCUUCUUCAUCAUCAUCACCAUUUGGAUUAAAGAGUAUAUUUUCAAGUAAAUAUCAAUUAUUUGAAAGAAAUAGUGAAGAAUCACCAUUUUAUUUAAUUUCGAAUCAAGAAAUUGAUAUGGAUCAAUCAACCUUUUUCAAGGUGUCCAACAUUAAAACCGAAAAGGAGGUUUUCAAAACAUUGGGUAAAAUCUUUAUAAAGGCAGUCAUUGACGGCAAGCCAAUACCCGAUGUGUUCCCACCAACCUUUUUCAAGUAUCUAUUGGGUGUUGAAAAGGCCACCAUUAGCGAUUUGGAGGCUUUUGACCCACAAAUGGCUCAGAGUUUUAAAAAGGUUCUAUUGUUGGACGAUAUUGACCAAUAUCUCUCAACCACCUUUGAAGGUCUCGUCGAGGGAGGCCAAGAGAUUGCAGUAACCGACGCCAACAAGGAAGAGUUUAUUCAGAAAAACAUCGAUCGUUUGCUGAUCGACAGUCGCAAAUACAGAUUCGAUGCCUUUAAGAGUGGCUUUUGCAGUGCCGACUCGCUCAAUGCACACUUUAAAUUACUACAUAUAUACAUAGACCAAACUACCAAUAAUAAUAAUAUUUAA